AUGUCCUCCAUCACAGAAACUAUCACCCUUAAUGAUGGAACAAACAUCCGCGUCAAGCUACUAGGCGACAAACAUACAGAUAGACCGCUGUUAAUAGCUCUUCAUGGGGCGCCCGGACUUUCGAGCCUCAAUGAGCCACUCGCUUCAUUUGCCUUUCUCGCAGACAGGCUGCGCGUACUCGUCUACGAUGCAAGAGGGAGCGGAAAGAGUGAUUCUCAGGGCCCACUAGCAGAUGAGCAGUGGAUUUCCGAUCUGGAUGAGAUCAGAGCGUGGGCCGGUGUUGAGACAUUCAUACUUGCAGGAGGUUCAUAUGGCGGCUUUCUUGCUCUCGGAUACGCCUUGACAUAUCCUAACCGACUUUCAGGUCUAAUCUUGCGCAACACUUGGGCCUGCGGAUUCAAAGGAAGCUUACGUAUCCUGAAAAAUAUUUGUACUUCGCCACGAAUCCGUCCUGACCUCGAUCGUCAGGUAAGGUUGUGGUCUGGCAAUGUCCGAGACAAUGAAGAUGGCGCAAGAGGGUUGGAAGAAAUUCUUGCUAUAUACACGCCGGCAAAGGAAAACAACGAAGAAGAGGGCCCUGGAAAUUUUGAGGGUGCAGGAAAUGACUUCGAGAUGCGCUGGGAGGUGCAUAAUGCUGCUUGGUCCUUAAGCGUGCCUCGGUUCGAUGUCCGCAAUAAGCUUCAUCAAAUUGAAACACCCACUUUGAUAAUCGCUGGACGUCACGAUCCCAUCUGUCCUGUAGAGGAUUCAGAGGAGAUUCACCAAGGAAUACCUGAGAGCGACCUGGUAAUUUUCGAAAAAUCUGGUCAUAACCCUUCAGCUGAUGAGCCACUCGCCAUUCAGAAAGCCCUGAAGAGUUUUCUUGGUAAAGUCUUUGAGAAUAUAUAG